AUGGCGACCGAGGGGGACGUGGAGCUGGAGUUGGAGACGGAGACCAGCGGCCCCGAGCGGCCUCCCGAGAAGCCACGGAAGCAUGACAGUGGCGCGGCGGACCUGGAGAGGGUCACCGACUACGCGGAGGAGAAGGAGAUCCAGAGCUCCAACCUGGAGACGGCCAUGUCCGUGAUUGGAGACAGACGUUCCCGGGAGCAGAAAGCCAAACAAGAGCGGGAGAAGGAACUGGCAAAAGUCACCAUCAAGAAGGAAGAUCUGGAGCUGAUAAUGACAGAGAUGGAGAUCUCGAGAGCAGCAGCAGAGCGGAGCUUGAGGGAACACAUGGGCAACGUGGUAGAGGCUCUUAUUGCCCUAACCAACUGA